AUGGAUACCAUAUUUCGUCAAGAAUCCUCAUUAGAUGCUAUUAGGCAACGAAAUCACUUUCAACAAGUGACUAAAGGAUUAUCAGAAGAUGAAAGAAUAGUUUAUGCGACUGUUCAACGUCUUGUUUCCACUAUCGAUCAUAUGGAACAGUUUGAUCGACGAGUUCAGCUGACUACAAAUAUGCUGAAAGACAAAGACUAUAAAGGAUUAGAGCAGAUAUACCCUAAGGGCAAGAAAGACAAACGCAUAGCAGCCGAUAAACGUCGUGCUUCGAAACGGCUAUCAACAGUUCCAUCCGAUUCAUUUUCUCCGCCAUCAUCGCCAACAACAUCAUCUGGCUCAUCCUCACCGCCAUCUGAAGCCUCUCCUUCAGUCAAACGAACACCUGCUGUUAAUGGAUCAGCUAUACGAAGUUCUCGUCGUAAAUAUGGAAAAGUAAAAUGA